AUGAUUACAGUGAAGAGAGUUGGCAGUGAAGAUGAUUACAGCAGCCUCCACCAAUGGUCCCUACAGAGUCAUCUUCUGCCCCCCACCAAUGGUCCCUACAGAGUCAUCUGCCCCCACCAAUGGUCCCUACAGAGUCAUCUUCUGCCCCCCACCAAUGGUCCCUACAGAGUCAUCUUCUGCCCCCCACCAAUGGUCCCUACAGAGUCAUCUGCCCCCACCAAUGGUCCCUACAGAGUCAUCUUCUGCCCCCCCACCAGUGGUCCCUACAGAGUCAUCUUCUGCCCCCACCAAUGGUCCCUACAGAGUCAUCUUCUGCCCCCACCAAUGGUCCCUACAGAGUCAUCUGCCCCCACCAAUGGUCCCUACAGAGUCAUCUGCCCCCCACCAAUGGUCCCUACAGAGUCAUCUUCUGCCCCCACCAAUGGUCCCUACAGAGUCAUCUUCUGCCCCCCACCAAUGGUCCCUACAGAGUCAUCUUCUGCCCCCCACCAAUGGUCCCUACAGAGUCAUCUUCUCCCCCCACCAAUGGUCCCUACAGAGUCAUCUUCUGCCCCCCCACCAAUGGUUCCUACAGAGUCAUCUUCUGCCCCCACCAAUGGUCCCUACAGAGUCAUCUGCCCCCACCAAUGGUCCCUACAGAGUCAUCUUCUGCCCCCCACCAAUGGUCCCUACAGAGUCAUCUUCUGCCCCCCACCAAUGGUCCCUACAGAGUCAUCUUCUGCCCCCCACCAAUGGUCCCUACAGAGUCAUCUUCUCCCCCCACCAAUGGUCCCUACAGAGUCAUCUUCUGCCCCCCACCAAUGGUUCCUACAGAGUCAUCUUCUGCCCCCACCAAUGGUCCCUACAGAGUCAUCUGCCCCCACCAAUGGUCCCUACAGAGUCAUCUUCUGCCCCCCACCAAUGGUCCCUACAGAGUCAUCUUCUGCCCCCCACCAAUGGUCCCUACAGAGUCAUCUUCUGCCCCCCACCAAUGGUCCCUACAGAGUCAUCUUCUCCCCCCACCAAUGGUCCCUACAGAGUCAUCUUCUGCCCCCCCCCCCACCAAUGGUUCCUACAGAGUCAUCUUCUGCCCCCCACCAAUGGUCCCUACAGAGUCAUCUUCUCCCCCCACCAAUGGUCCCUACAGAGUCAUCUUCUGCCCCCCCACCAAUGGUUCCUACAGAGUCAUCUUCUGCCCCCACCAAUGGUCCCUACAGAGUCAUCUGCCCCCACCAAUGGUCCCUACAGAGUCAUCUUCUGCCCCCACCAAUGGUCCCUACAGAGUCAUCUUCUCCCCCCACCAAUGGUCCCUACAGAGUCAUCUUCUGCCCCCCCCACCAAUGGUUCCUACAGAGUCAUCUUCUGCCCCCCACCAAUGGUCCCUACAGAGUCAUCUUCUCCCCCCACCAAUGGUCCCUACAGAGUCAUCUUCUGCCCCCCCACCAAUGGUUCCUACAGAGUCAUCUUCUGCCCCCACCAAUGGUCCCUACAGAGUCAUCUGCCCCCACCAAUGGUCCCUACAGAGUCAUCUUCUGCCCCCCACCAAUGGUUGGUCAUCGUCGCCUCUGGUCAUUGUCGCGAAAUUAG